AUGUUGCCGAAAUUCUCGCCAAACCAUGGCGAAGGUUUGGCGGAGCACGUCGCCGCGCUCGAUCUCAAUCAAGCUCUGGAGGUAUACACUGGUGAAGCCAGCAAGUGUUCCACCGGCGAGCCGCUGUGUGACAGCAUGCGAAGGUGCAUGGACUCCGCCGCCCAUCGCGUGCUGUCGGCUGCUGUGCAGGCAAGAACAAGUUCUACAGGGACGAUGGCUUCGCAGCUGCAGAAGCUUCAUCGUCCCCUUCAUGCAUCAUCCGCCGAGCCUGCAGUCCUGAUGACGUGGCCUUCAGUGCUCGAGCGAGGCUGCAGGAAGUGUCGAGCAGCUGCUUUUCUGGGUGUGGCAUGCUCGAGAUGUCACGGGAUGUCAGAUGGCUUAACGGCCGCGACAAGCGCAACCAUUGCGAUCGCGGUGGCUGUGCUGGGAUCUGCUGCGCUGACUUUCAUCGUUCCAAGUCGCACCCACGAACACCAGGAUGUGGCAUCGCGCAGAAGUCUCCUUGGUGCGGUCGUGGCUUUGCCUUUGCUGGGAUCCGCGGCUCCAGCUCUGGCGGCCGACAAAAGCCCGGGGAAGCUGGAGGCUUAUGGCUUGAGCGGCAAGCGGGCCAAGGAUGUCAACGGUCUUUGGAGCGUGUUCCCGGAUACAAAGGUGAAUGGCAGAGCGGUUUACAAGAAGGACGAUGCCGACAUUUACCUGACUUAUAGUGACUGUCAGCAGUUCCAGAUGGUAAAGAAGCCAACAGGCGAGUGCCAGGGCUUUGCCUUGGAGUACAAGGGCGUGUGGGAAGUGGAUGGCGAGGACACCCGAAUGAAGGUGAAGCCAUACCAGUCUAAGGAAGAUAGAAAGAGGCAGCAGCAGAAAGGCGGAGAACAGCCGAGCGGCGGUGGUGGCUUCUUCCAACUGGGAAAGAUUGAGCCAAUCAUCCCAAAGCAGGAGACUCAGAGUGAUGCCGAUGUUCUGUUGAACGGUCAGGAUGUCAAUGAGUAUGUCAGAAGGAAGGGCAGCACUGGCAUGAUGGGCAUGCAAGACUAUCUGACCAACAUGAUGACCCUGGAGGCGGAGGAGUCCAAGAUCGCCGACAGCCUAGAAGCAAGGCUGGAUGCGAAGCUCAAAGAUCGAGACAUCAGCAAGGGUAAAGACAGCCUGGUCAUGGCAGAAGAGGCGACAGGAGAGGCUGCAGUGCCGGAGGACUCAGGCGAUGAGUUCCAGGAAGACGCAGAGGAGCAGGGACUGGAGGAUGAAGAUCUCGAGGAAGAGGAGCCAGAAGAUGACGAGGAGAUCGCACCAGGACCCGGUGGAGGAGCCUCGAAGGCCGACACCCUGGACAUGUUGGCUGACAUGUCCGAUCUUUCAGGGUUCGGUGCCUCUGGUAAAAGUGCAAGCGCUUCACAUAGCCGCAGAGCGGGCAGUUUUAGCCGAGUUGGUGGAGCCGGGUCCGCCACAGCUUCCAGGCGGUCUGCGGAGGACUCUCGACACGAAGAUGCCGAGGACGUGGUUUUGGCAAGAGAAGCUGUAAAGUGGCUGCUGCAGAAGAUUUACCGACGAUGUGACAACAGCAAGCUGGACAAGGUACCCGAACUGAUGACGCGAUGCGAGGGCAAGGAGGUUUUAUUGCUGCAUUCGGCUCUGCUGAAGUACGUUCCAAUGCCGCGCGAUGAGGAGAUAGACUGCUUCGGGCAAACUCUAGAAGACAAGGCCGACCUGUUGCAGGAGUUGCUCAUGGGACUUGCAGACCACUUUUCAGUCGAUGCCCCUGCUGUGGAUCUGAGCAACCUGGGCACUUCUUUUCUACAGGAGCUGUACCAGAUGCUGAGCCACGUCAAGGAGUCCAGGCUGCGGCCGAUCGACGAUGCGCAUGCGGGAAGGCCGGAAGAGAGGAGCUACUUCUCAGGGCCUUCUGAGGGCGUCCUGGGAUCCUUCGCGCCAGAGGAAGGCACAGGGAUACCGGAGGUCCCUGACAAAGACUGCGAGAUACCUCUGGACGGACGCGAGCAAUUCCUAGCAGCUGCGAAGCGAAGGCAUGAAGCGCACUGGGAAUCGGAAGAAGAGGAAGAAGAAGGGGACGUGGAUGGCUCUAAUGCUAUAAUUGAGGAGCCGGUCGCAAGCCCUGCUCCGCCUGCUCCAGAUAGCCGAACCACAAAGCGCCAGCGUGUCGGCGGAGGAGAGUGCAGAAUGGUGAGGGCUCAACCAGAUCUGGCACCACAGCUUUGGAUGCCCACGCCAUCAAGACCCUUCCAUCCCAAGAAUGUUGUGCUGAAAUUGAAGAAGCACGGAGCGUCCCUGGAAAACGAGGGGGGCAGGGUGGAUGGCAGCUCGGGAAGCAGCCAAUCGAAAUGUUUGAGUGAUCCAUGUUGCUCGUGUCGUGAUGCCGCUAGCCGCUACACAAGAAAGUUUUGCGGCGGUGUAUACUUUACAGUGGACCUGUGGGCAGCUCGGCUGCGCACACACUGCACUGCAUCCUGGCACACAGCCUGCAAAGUAGGCAGCCAAACCCGUGCACAUGCAUGGGAGCACAGAAUCACACGAUUCGGGAAGCAAGAGCUUCGACGGUGGGGGACAGGUCUUCGCCUGAGAUGGGGUAGGCAUGCGAGGCGAAAAGUGGUUCAAGCAUAUGUGGCUCUAGGCCCUAGAGCCAGGAGGCAGCUGGCUAUGGAGACUUUGAAUACGCAACGCCUUGACGCGCUGGAACGAGCAUCGUCGAGCCGCCUGGACACGGACCCCCAAGGUCCCCGCGAGACGGACCCGACCCUGCAGUGCGACACCCAUGUUGAAAGUUCUAUCCCGACUGGACCAGCGACGUGCAGGAUGCCGAUGCUGCAGCCGGGCGAAGCCGUGGCUGCAGCUUCGAUGCAGACACAAGGCCCCUGCAGCCAGCUGUUGUGA